GUCUUUGAACUGUGAAUCGAGACCUUGAACGUAGAAUCAGCCGAGUAAUUUACAUUGGUCUACAUGCGUAAACUGCGCAGUAACUACUAUUAAACAUACGACUCGUCUGCAUGUCCCGAUCCUCCCUACUACGAAUUCCCAUUGGUACCGACAGAUCAUUUCUAUCAUAUAAAAUUCAACGCGAAAUCGCUGGUGACUGUUUCGAAAAACGCCGACAAUACAUCGUUCUAAGCAUUAUUAUUUUUAAAAUCUGUUCGGCAACGUGAAUAUUUAACCGUGCCAGUAUAUUUAUUACGACCUGAAGAAUAACAUACUACAAUUUUAUUACGAUCUGCAUUGUCUUAUAUUUCAAUAAAAACACCUUAAAAAGUUUCCAUGCUGCUCAGUGCCACAACUACUACAAUCUAUUUAAGCGUACUUCAAUACAUAUUACGUAAUUAUAUAAUAUAACAAUCAACGACGAGCAAAGUGUAGUGAGUAGUGAUAAAACGAGGAGUGAUAUCAGAUAUAUUUUUGCUUUGCACGCCUAUGUGUUCGAUGAUACAUUGUAAAUUAUUACGGCAUUUAGGAGAGGAGAGUAGUAGGGUUACUCAGUUACUUAUCAAUCGUGUCAGUUAUAUGACAGACGUGCUGUGGUAGAGAUCUAACUAAAUCCAAAAUGGCAUGUAUACUUUUAACACUUAUCGCGGGUGCCGUAAUAUUAUUGUGCCUGUAUUUGUACCUAACGUAUACCUAUUGGAAAAGAAAUGGAAUUCCAACAGCUAAAGGAUUUUACCCGUUGGUUGGCCACUUGUUACCCGUAAUAAAAUUCAAAGAAGGUUUCAGUCAUGUAGUGCAGAAGGUGUACCGUGAUUUCGAACAUUCGAGUAUGGUUGGAAUUUACAAAGGAUUAAGACCGGCGCUAAUUAUUCGCGAACCGCAUUUAGUAAAGACGGUGUUACAUACUAAUUUCUCAAGCUUCCAGGAGAACGGAAGCAAAAUUGAAAAGGAUGUGGACACUCUCUUGGCAAAUAAUCCAUUCUUCACUGAAGGUGAAGAAUGGGCUACUGGAAGAAAACGGUUAACCUACGCGUUCACCAGCUCCAGACUGAAAUCUCUUUUCCUAACUGUCAACGGAGUUUGCAAAAAAUUGCAAAAUUUUCUGGACCGACGAUUAAGUUCAGACAACAAAUACGAAGUUGAAAUGCAGUAUCUAUUCUCGAAAUUUACGGGCGAAGUAGUGGCGAACGCUGGUUUGGGCAUCGAGGGACGUUGCUUCGAAAAUGAUGACGAUCCUACUGCGUUCGAUAAGAUCGGCCAGUCACUCGUAAAUCCAACUCUGUUUGAAAAAGUACUGCAGCAAUUCAUGUUUCUGUUCCCCGAUUUUAAUCGCUUAGCGAAGAUCGGUAUGGUGUCGAAGGAAAUGGAUCAAAUGUUCAGAAAGAUAGUCACGGAAAAUUUUGUGGUCAGGCAAAAAGAAGGUACACCCAGGAACGACUUCCUGCAAUUGAUGAUGGACCUCGAAAAGACAGAGGAGAAAUUGGACUUCGAAGCCGUUGCUACACACGCGUUUUCGUUUUACGCUGAUGGAUUCAUAACAUCAAGUAUUACGCUCAGCUACAUUGGAUAUGAACUGGCUCUCCACCAAGAUGUUCAACAAAAAUUAAGGGAAGAAGUGAUGUCUGUUAUCCAGAAAUAUGGAAACGAAUUAACAUACGAGGGAUUAAAAGAGAUGACUUACAUGGAACAAGUGAUCAGCGAAUCGCAGAGGUGUAAUCCGGUACUGGGUGCUAUGGUCAAAGUAUGUACGGAAGCGUUCACGUUAGAAGGAUCGGAUGGAUUGAAAUGUCGAGUGAAACCAGGAACUUUGAUUGUUGUACCGGUUAGUGGAUUGCAACAUGAUCCGAAAUAUUGGCCUGAUCCAGAUACGUUCGAUCCGGAUCGAUUUAAUGAAGAUAGAAAAGGCAGCAUAGAAAAAUAUACGUUCCUACCAUUUGGUGAAGGACCAAGGAUGUGCGUGGGUAUGAGAAUAGCUAUGACACAGAUGAAAGCAUGUUUGGCUACUUUGAUGAAAAAUUACAAACUGGAAUUGUCACCAAAAACACAAAUUCCAUUGAAGACUACAUCAAUUUUGAUGCUAACGUCGCCAGUAGAUAAUGUCUGGGUGAAUAUUUCUAAAAUUUAACUAGUAGUAUCGACAGUACUAAAAAAAUAAAUAUCGUUUAUACUAUGUAUUAAGAUUUGCUAGGACAUAUCACUUAUUAACCGGAGUCAUCAGAUUAUCUUCAAUUCCAUCACUCCCUACCUUCCUUAUCAAUAGGAGGGCAGAUAUGCAUUGAAUGUAAAGCAGCGCAAAUGUUUUAUUGUUAAGUUGGUAGAGAGAGUUAAUAAAAAUAUUGUAAUUAUGGAAUUUAGCGGUUGUUAAUUUUGGACUAAUGGAUGGUAUUGACACUUAUUACACAGAUAUGAUCUUUAAAUGUAAAUACAUAAAAGAUUUUCUCCUGCAUCAUGUAUCGAUGAAUCAUGCCCCGACAAAUUAUUCUUUUUAUAUUAAUGCCAAUAAAUCUUUGAAUUUAUCAGCCAA